AUGGACUCCACACGCGCCAUCAUCGCGCUUUGGCGUCUUUGUGUCCCAGCUGGCCUCGGCUCUCAGGUGGGUGGUGACUCCCGAGAUGGAGCCAUUCCGGUGGAUGUUUUGAAGGUAGUCCUGGAGCGAGAGUUGGAGGGCCACUUGGGGGACUUUGGGCAGAACUCGGCUGAUGAGAUUUUGCAAACCACCAUGCAGCCAGAUGCUGAUGGCGUUGUUGGCUUCUUACAGUUCUGGAAAGGCAUGGAGGAAAUUCUUCGUGCUCGAGGGACCAUGCGAACAUACGCCCUAACACCAGCCCAGAAGGAAGCAAUCACUGGUUUUCGCUUCUUGCGCACCUGCUUGCUUGACAUGGAGAAACGGCAGAUCUCGCAGGACCGCUCCUCCUUCAGCGUCGGUGAACUCAGGUACUUCAUGGACCGCACCAUUGAGAUGACGGGAGCCGAAGGUCAAGACUUUUGGCGCCAGACCCUCAGUAUCCCUCAGUGUAAUCAAUGCAGCAUUGUGAUGUCUGAGUUCCAUCAGGAGCGCAAGCGAGCGCAGUGUAUGUUCCAAUCGGGCAGGUUUUGCACGGUCUUGCCAAGGUCAGCGAGCUAA